UUGACAUUUAAUAUUAUCUGUGCUUUAAAAAAUUGUGGUGUUCUUUGAAUAGAUACGGAAUUGCAAAUAAUAUUUUGUUUUGUAAAAAAUAUUUUAAAUUGAAUUAACCGAUAUCUAAUUAUUUUAUUUGAUAGUGCUUACCAACUAAAGGUUCAGAAGAUGCCAUUCAAUAACAAGUUGCUGGUACCGGUGGCCCUCGGGUUGUCUCUGGUGACUGUUACAGCAUUUGUAGUGUAUUAUGUAUUUAAAAAAGAGGAAGAAAAUGACAGCAAACCAGUAAGAUCAACAAAAUUUAAUUUGAUUGAGGUACAAGUACCAAAGAGCAUUGUUCCAGCUUUAAUUGGUCGAAAUGGAUCAAAUAUAAAGCAAAUAGAGGAUAAGUCGGGUGCAUCGAUUCAUUUCAAGAAAUUUACUGAAGAAGAUUAUGAUGUUUGUAUUAUUCGAGGUCAAAGUAAUGCUUCACAGAUUGCAGAGACUAUGGUGCAUGAUUUCAUAAACCAGCAACCAGUCAUUGUGGAGAAUUCUAUAUCUGUGCCUGGGUGGGCUUGUGGCAGAAUUAUUGGUACUGGUGGUGAGAAUAUAAACGAUAUAAGUCACCGCAGUGGCGCGAGAGUUAAGUUAGAAGGUGAGAGGGGAGCAGAUUUGAGCACACAGAGGAAGGUCGUCUUCCGUGGAACAGCAGAGCAGAUACAUAUCGCUAAAGGACUUAUCGAGGAAUGCGUGGAACAAGAGAGGUGUCGACGUGAGGUGGAGCAGGCCAAGCGCAGCCCGCGCGUCACCACCCCCCCGCACGUGCCGCUCGCCCCCCUCACCCCCCUCACCCCGCUCACCCCGCACACGCCGGACACUACAGGUGACGUCACGCAUGUCAACCGCAGGACUGAACCAUCGAGUGCGUCGAUCGAAGUAUACGUGUCGGCGUCGUCGUCGCCGUCUCGUUUCUGGGUCCAAUUUGUCGGCCCGCAAGUUGCUCAACUCGACGACUUAGUUGCUCAUAUGACUGAAUACUAUGGAAAUAAAGAGAAUCGUGCUAGUCAUGCCCUGGUGAAGGUGUCGGUGGGGCAAGUGGUGGCGGCGGUGUUCCGGCACGACGGGCGCUGGUACCGCGCGCGAGUCAUGGACCUGCGGCCCAACGAGUUCGACGCCACGCAACAGGUCGCAGAUUUAUUCUUCUUGGACUACGGUGACAGCGAGUACGUAGCGACACACGAACUGUGCGAACUUCGAGCGGACUUGCUACGUCUUCGGUUUCAGGCGAUGGAGUGCUUCCUGGCGGGUGUACGUCCAGUGAACCAACAGACACGCUGGCACCCGCAGGCAGUUGAACGGUUCGAAGAUCUCGUGCAGGUAGCGAGAUGGAAGCCGCUAGUGUCUCGUACGUGCACUUACAAGAAGUCAUCUGGUGCAGUCGGAGAGAGGGGGAAGGAAGUGCCCGGUAUAAAGCUCUAUGACGUCACUGAUGCCGGAUCGCUGGACAUUGGCGAGGUGCUGGUUCGGGAAGGCUGGGCGGAGCCCUGCGAGACGGCGCACAGCGUGCCCGCCACGCCGCACACGCCCUUCGGCGACCUCAGCCACUCCAGGGUGCUGGGCAUGCUGGGCGGCGCCCGCGCGGCCUCGCUGCCCAAGGAGCGCGCGCAGCCCGCCACGCCUGCGCCCGCCGACGCCUUCAAGGAUAACGCAACAUCGAGGUCGCUAGCCUCCGGUUUGGAAUCGGCGGACAAGAUAAAGUCAAUCUCAAACUUCGACCUGGCGUACCCGGACAAGGAGCAGCCGAGUCGCGUCAACGGCUCGGACGACUUCAUCGCGUCCGAACGGGGGAACAUCGAAUCCGAAACUUCUCACUUAAGGGAAGAGUUCAAAGCGAAUAUGAAUAGAAUCGAUUCUCAUCAUAGUAACUUAGAAGCGUUAGGGCGACAAUAAGAGGUAAUAAAGUUUAAUUUAAGUUAUGUAUUUACUGUAAAUGUAUUUAUAGUACUUAGUAAGUAAACAUUUUGUUAAUAGUCUUAAUAAAAUUAAGAAUUUUUUCAAAUAUUGACGUUACUUAAUAACCUCUUUUUCUAUUCUAAUUAUAUCUCCAAUUUACGAUCAGAAAGCACCACUAAGUAGGACCACCAAAUAGUUAGUAUUCUUGCACUAUAAUUCGCACUGACCGGUUAUAUAAUUUCUGUUAAUUAUAUGGAAAAUAGGUAACCAAUAGAAAAUGUCCAAAAUCACACUACACGAAUGAAGGGGCGAUGCCUUAAGCGUGAUUGGUUAAUAUUAUUUUCGUCAUAUACGUCACCGAUACAGACAAUUAAUGUGAGCGAGAUAGCAUGACUAUUUGAGUAAUUAUUCAUUAUUUUUUUUAGAUAAAUUGGUCAGUGCUCA